CCUAUUGUGACGCAAUAAGCCGCUGUUCCAAGAAGCGCACUGCUCCCCCCCCCCCCGACACGGCUCACGCGGAAACCGCGCUCGUGCCUUCACAGCUGCAGCGACAACCAAUGGUAGUGACGUCAGCAGCGUUGCUUUCGGCCAUUGGCGCUUCCUGGGGGAAAGAUGGGCUCAUAAGGCGGCGCUGAGCGGCGGCUCUUUCCUUCUGACGGCUGGCCUCUAUCUACGCGGGUUGGAUUGACGGUUGGAAAAAAUGACAUCCCAUUCCUUAAAUGUAAACUAUCGCAUGCAACGCACAGCAACGCUUGCACAGGAAGUUCUGGAACGUGCAAAAUCAAGAAAAUUGAACUGGCCAAUUCCUGGUCAGCUCCAAAGAAGGACCUUCAGGGAAGGGGAUGGUGAAGAUACAUGUCUUGCUGCAGCCUUUGCUUCAGUUGCUGAACAUAUGGGCCGUAUCUCUGCAGAAUGUGAGAACUACUACUGCUGUGUGCCUCCACUUCAGUUUAAGGAGUGUGAAGUUGCCCAUAUUUUCAGAUACCACAGCAGGCAAGCUUCUGAAAAUCUGCUGAAAGCAUUUGAAAAUGAAGAAAGUAAACAUGGUCCAAUAGUGGAAGAACCUGGAUGUCCAGAUACAGAAUCAUCUGCAUUAGUUCCAGCUAAGACCUCUGACAUAAAGGAUAUCUAUGUUGAAGUUUCUCCUGGCACCUACAGAGUCAGCGCAUCUUUGCAUGAAGACACAAACAAACAAACACAUCUGCUGAAGAUUAAGCCAGGAGAAAGUGUAAAUUUGACUUUUGAUUUCUAAUCAAGGUAACAAAUGAUAGAUAUGUCAGCAUCUGACAGUGUGUUUUAAUAUAAUCUCCUCACUCUUGUUAAAAUAUUAUAUAUUCAGACAUGAGCAUUUUAUUGUGCUUUUAUUCCUUCUGUAUAUUAUUGUUUAUAACAUGCUGUUUUUCUGUCUGUGUAUUAUUUAAAACAUGUUUGCCUUAACUUGAAUCAUGUGGGUGUCCUUUCACUUGUAUGCUAUGCAAUAAAUAUAAAGCUGUUUCUUUUCAAUACUUAA